AUCGGUCAGUGUUUGUUGGGCAUUCGUAUACUCGCCCUAGUUGUGAGGAAGGAGAGAAACGCAGACUUGAGAGUUGAGAGUGAAAGUGACGAUGUUGUUUCGAUCAAGUUUCAAACUUUUCAAUAGCUCACGUGUUUCUGCCUAUCAAUUAUACUCAACAGAAUCACUUCUUUCUUCUUCUUCUUCUUUCUCAGAACUCCAUCAUCAAAUAAUUGGGGAUAAUGGGGACCCCACAAUCCCACUGACUCCCGUUCUCAACCAAUGGCUUCAACAUGGCGGAUCCCUCACUCACAAGCAAAUCCAACAUCUCAUCUCAACCCUCUCUUAUUCACGUCGCUACACGCACGCCCUUCAGAUAUCAGAAUGGAUGAGUGAGUCAAGUAAAUAUAACUUGACCCCAGGAGACGUUGCUAAACAUCUCAACUUGAUAUCGAAAGUUCGUGGCCUUGAACAAACCGAGAGCUUCUACAGAGGCGGAUUCAAGGUAAAUGCUGCCCUCUUGAAAUGCUAUGCAGAGCAUAAAUCUUUGGAGAAAGCAGAGGCUAUCAUGAAGAAAAUUAAGAAGGUUUGUCCUGUGAACUCCCCCACGUGUUACAAUAUGAUGUUGAAACUCUAUGCGCAGUUAGGAAAAUAUGACAAAUUGGAUAGUCUAAUGCGAGAAAUGAUGGAAAAGGACAUAUGCAACGGUGCUACAUAUACUAUUCGGUUGAAUGCGUAUGUGGCUGCUGCAGACAUAGAAGGGAUGGAGAAGUUACUAAUGAGGAUGGAAGCUGAUCCUCUUGCAACUGUUGAUUGGUAUACUUACACUACUGCAGCAAAUGGAUAUCUGAAAGGUGGCAAUGUCGAGAAGGCCUUGUCAGCACUGAAGAAAUCAGAGCGAUUAGCUGUAGGCAGGAGCAAGAGGCUUGCCUAUGAAUCUAUUCAAACUAUAUAUGCUACUAUUGGUAAUAAGGAUGAGGUUUAUCGAAUUUGGGAUAAGUGCAAAGCCUUGAAUGGAUUUCAGAACAAAGAUUACCUCUGUAUGUUAAGCUCUUUGGUGAAGCUAGCUGACAUUGAUGGAGCAGAGAAGAUCUUGGAAGAAUGGGAAUCCAAUUAUAAAGUUUUCGACACCAGAAUUCCACAUCUUAUGAUCCGUGCUUAUUGUAAAUUGGGUAUGUUGGAUAAGGUUGAGGCUUAUAUCAAGAGGCUUUUGGAUAGUGGCAGGCAAUUGCAUGCGUCUACAUGGGAUAAUUUGGCAGAUCACUAUUGCACAGAUAAUGAUAUGGAGAAAGCAGUUCAAGCAAUGAAGAAUGUGCUCUCGGCAAAAAGACCAAGAUGGAGGCCUAAUCCCUUAGUUUUGGCUGCAUCUUUAGAGUACCUGAAGGAAAAAGGAGAUUUGGACUCAGUGCUUCAGAUUCUCAAGUUCUAUAGUGAUGGUGGUUAUCUCUCUGUUGCAACCUAUGAUAAACUAGUAAGUUAUGUUCAUGGUGAAAUCCCUGAUGCAAAAGCCAUUGAUCUGAUUAGAGUGGAAAAUCAAUUAGAUGAAGACACUGAACAUCUUGAUGAGGAUACAAAUGAUGUUUGAAGGUAAAGUUUAGUCGCAGAACUAAAUUACAUGUCUCAAAAUGUGGCCAAGAAAGAGUAGAUUAUGUAGUCAUAGCUGACAGAUUAGUGAUUACUUUUUGUCCACCUUUGUUUAAUGUAGUAGAGACUGAAGUUGAAUCUUUCAUCAUGAUUUGCCAUUAAAUCAGCGAUCUAUUUUUUUCACUUCAACUUUUAAACAAUGUUUAGGAAAUGCAUUUUUUUAUUU